CCACUUCCCAUUAUAUCACCUGUUGCUCCAACACCCUUGACACUUACUCAUUUUUUGAAGUAUGCCAAGGACCACCUUGGUGUUGCAUUUGCCCCAACAUAUGAACCCUCCCUGCAUGGCAUUGGUGCAGGUCCAGAUAUACUUGCCAAGAUGGCUGACCAAGAUCUUGCUCAAGUUAGUCUCAGCAUAGGUGACAUUAUUUGGCUGAAGAAAAGGAGUAUUACAUGGUGGAAUGGCCCUCUUGCAAAG